UUCCCAGAACCUACUCAAUUGCAAGAACUCAAAAACUCCAUAUCUUGGCUGCCUGCCAGAUAUGAAUAAAGAUUCAUUGUAUUAUAAUAAUACUAAUAAAUAAUAACCGUGAAUAUGGUGGAUGAUUGAUUCUAUAAUCUACUCCAACUCAACGAUUCUUUGUUCUCACCCUUCACCUCCAUCACCAAAACCAUGUACUAUUAUUAUUCACCAAAAUUCUAAUCUUUUUUUCUGUUAAACAACUCUGCCACCUUCAACCAUGUUUCCCCUUCUUCAUCUUCUCCUCUUUCUUCACUUAUCAUUCACUUGCCAUGGAACAUCCUAUUACCGUACUCUCCUCCAACAACCUAAUACAAACUCCUCCUCAGCUUCAACCCCAUGUCCCCUCGAUUUUAACGCACUUCGUAAUUUGAUAAACCAAAGUUCAAAACGGCCAAAUCUGAACUCCACCACACAGUGUCAAUACAUUCGUCAGGGCUUACGUCUUGUCCAAUCUGAAUAUCUCCGCCGUACAAACUCUUUCUUUCCGCCACUCACAUCCGCCGAAUCUUGCUGGAACAGUUACCAGUCUUCGGUCAACGACUAUGUACCCAACUUCGAUAUCCGCAAAUCUUGUGGGUUUCAAACUUCUUGGAUCUCUCAAGGUUGUAUGAAUAUCACUACUCGUUUCGAGUUCGAGUCAAAUGUCUCUGUUUCAGCACUUUCCAACAUGGUUUCUUCGUGUAAUCAGUCUUUAGAGAAUAAUUCCCCUUGUGCCACGUGUACCACCAGCUUCUCUGGCCUUGCUUCUUACCUCAAUGGACCUUCUGUUGGGAAUGUUUCGGAUUGUACGGCUUACCCUUCUAUUUAUGCUGCAGCUUUUGCUAAUCAGUUUGGGCCCACUGAUGAAGGUACUAUAAAAUGCUUGUUUGCUAUUGAUGUUACUGCUACUGCUAGUUCAGGAAAAGGUAAGAAAAAUGUGACUAUUAUUGUUGUGGUUCUAGUUUGUGGAUUGGUAUUAGUGUUUGUUGGGUUUGGUUAUUGGAUUCUGUGGCGGCGGAGGAAAUAUAGAUUGGCUCAUAAGUGGAACGAUAGGAGGAUUGAGAGUAAUUUGAGUUCUCGUUUGGAUUCAAUUAGUGGUAGUACUACUUUGAUUAGGUUUACUAUAGAUGAAAUUAAGUUGGCGACGAAGAAUUUUGCUAGGGCGAAUAUAGUUGGGACAGGAGGGUAUGGGAAUGUGUAUAAGGGUGUUUUGCCUGGUGGAAUUGAAGUAGCUUUGAAGAGGUUCAAGAAUUGUUCAGUUGCUGGGGAUGCAAGUUUCACACAUGAAGUUGAGGUUAUUGCUAGUGUUAGGCAUGUUAACUUGGUAGCUUUGAGAGGAUAUUGCACUGCUACAACUCCUUAUGAGGGUCACCAGAGGAUUAUUGUUUGUGAUUUGAUGAAGAAUGGGAGUCUUCAUGAUCAUUUAUUCGGGACGCGAUAUGAGAAAUUGAGUUGGGGUAUUAGGCAGAAAGUUGCACUUGGCACUGCUAGAGGUUUGGCUUACUUGCAUUAUGGAGCACAACCGGGUAUUAUUCAUAGGGAUAUUAAGGCGAGCAAUAUACUUUUGGAUGAGAGUUUUGAGCCUAAGGUGGCGGAUUUUGGAUUAGCAAAGUUCACUCCCGAAGGAAUGACACAUUUGAGCACUCGUGUAGCAGGGACGAUGGGAUAUGUAGCGCCUGAGUAUGCUUUGUAUGGCCAGUUGACAGAGAGGAGCGAUGUUUAUAGCUUUGGGGUUGUGCUUCUUGAGCUUUUAAGUGGCAAGAAAGCAAUAAUAGAGUUUAAUGAUGGGCAGCCGACGCUUGUGACUGAUUGGGCAUGGUCAUUGGUUAGGGAAGGUAGAGCAUUAGAUGUUCUUGAAGACAAUAUUCCAGAUUUAGGCCCUCCAGAAGUUGUGGAGAAGUAUGUAUUAGUAGCUGUUCUUUGUUCCCACCCACAAUUGUACGCAAGGCCAACAAUGGACCAGGUUGUGAACAUGUUGGACGCGGACAUACCUGUUCCGACCAUACCGGAGAGACCGAUUUCUCUCAUUGCGGAUCUUGAUGACAUUGAAAGGUCUGUUAGCAGUAGUUUUUCUGGUAAUCUGUCCACUGCUGCAGGCUAUCAGCCGUACAUAAUUGAGCGCGAGGCACCCCUAGCAGAUAGUGAUUCUGUCAAGGACAGAUCAUUGGAUUAAAGAUUGUGAUAGAGAUAGAUGCAAAGUAUCAUUUCGAGAUACCUGCUUCAAUAGAUUUACAACGAGUUGUGAUGAAUAGCUCAUUCAUUGGUUUAUUUGUAGUGAAUUUGUUUCCGACAUAGGAUCCAGAACUACUAACAUAAAUUGUACAGUGACUAUGUAUGUAUAUUCAACUUUUGAUUCUUCUGUAAUAGUUUGGAGGAAUAAAGUAUGAUGUUUUGAAGGCAA